AUGGUUGAUGGCGCAGAAUAUGAUACACGUGAAGGCGCUGGUGAAUCCGGAAAAUCGACAAUUCUUAAACAAAUGAAACUUAUUCAUGACGGAGGAUAUUCUCCGGAAGAAAAGGAAUCUUUUAAAGAAAUUAUCUUUUCCAAUACAGUACAAUCCAUGAAAGUUAUUGUGAAAGCAAUGGAUACUAUGGGAAUACAUUAUAAAGUUGAAAUGAAUCAAAAAUAUGCUACUACCAUCUCGAGUUUACCAGAUCAAAUUGAGGGAGAUCAUUUGCCUCAAGAGAUAGCUAUAGCUAUUAAAUCUUUAUGGGCUGAUCAGGGUAUUCAAGAAGCCUUUAGCCGUUCGCGAGAAUACCAAUUGAAUGAUUCUGCACAAUACUAUUUCGAUACAAUUGAUAGUAUUGCUAAACUGGAUUACCUUCCAUCCGAUCAAGAUGUAUUGAGAUCCCGUGUAAAGACAACUGGUAUUACAGAAACCACAUUCUUGAUUGGGGAUCUCACUUACCGUAUGUUUGAUGUUGGUGGACAACGUUCUGAACGUAAGAAAUGGAUUCAUUGUUUUGAAAAUGUCACAGCCAUCGUAUUCUUAGUAGCUAUUUCUGAAUAUGAUCAGUUGCUAUUGGAAGAUGAGACAGUGAAUCGUAUGCAAGAAGCUUUGACAUUAUUUGAUUCGAUUUGCAAUUCAAGGUGGUUCGUUAGAACGUCAAUUAUUUUGUUUUUAAACAAAAUUGAUAGGUUUAAAGAAAAGUUACCGAUCUCACCAAUGUGUAAUUACUUCCCGGAUUAUGAUGGUGGAGAGAAUUAUGAUGCUGCUUGUGAUUAUAUACUUAAUCGUUUCGUAUCAUUAAAUCAAUCAGAUGUUAAACAAAUUUAUACACAUUUUACAUGUGCUACUGAUACACACCAAAUUAGAUUUGUCAUGGCUGCUGUUAAUGACAUCAUUAUUCAAAAUAAUUUACGCGAAGUUGGUUUACUAUAA